AACCCUUAAGAAUUGUCCCUCUCUACUCUCUCGUCAGUGCUCCUAGAAACCCAACAAUGGCCAACAACCAAGAACGCGAAGGGCGCGAUCAAGAGGACGAAGUCGGGAAGCUGGCGGUCCGGCUGGCUGGCGCGGUGGUGCUUCCGAUGACCCUCAAGUCGGCCCUCGAGCUCGGCAUCAUUGAUGCCCUCGUCUCCACGGGUGGGUUCCUCUCGCCCACCGAGAUAGCAAGCCGGGUCGGCGCCAAGAACCCGGGGGCCCCGGUCCUGGUGGACCGGAUGAUGCGCCUCCUGGCGAGCCACGGCGUGAUCGAGUGGCGGUUGAGGAGGGGCGACGGCAACGGAGAUGGAGGGGAGAGAGAGUACGGUCCAGGACCCAUGUGCAGGUUCUUUGCCAAGGACCAAGAAGGUGGAGAUGUUGGUCCUCUGUUUCUGCUAAUUCACGACAAGGUCUUCAUGGAGAGUUGGUACCACUUGAACGAUGUCAUCAUGGAAGGAGGGGUUCCGUUCGAGAGGGCAUACGGGAUGACGGCGUUCGAGUAUCCUGCCGUUGACGAUAGGUUCAAUCAAGUUUUCAACCGGGCCAUGGCGAGUCAUACUUCCCUCAUCAUGAAGAAAAUACUCGAUGUCUACAGAGGGUUUGAAGGCAUCGAAGUGCUGGUCGAUGUGGGAGGCGGAGUCGGGUUCAAUCUCAAGAUGAUCACCUCCAAGAAUCCCCACAUCAAGGGCAUCAACUUCGACUUGCCUCACGUCUUGGCCGAUGUUCCUUCUUAUCCAGGUGUCGAGCAUGUUGGUGGAGAUAUGUUUGAGAGUGUUCCUAGAGGAGAUGCCAUUUUCAUGAAGUGGAUACUCCAUGAUUGGAGUGAUGAGCAUUGCUCGAAACUUCUAAAGAACUGUUUUGAGGCUUUGCCUGCCAAUGGGAAGGUGAUCCUCGUCGAGGCGAUUCUCCCCGUGGUUCCAGAGAGGAAUGUCUCUUCGAUUAAUGUGUUCCAGCAAGACCUCUUCAUGUUGGCUCAAAAUCCCGGCGGUAAAGAGAGGACGCAGAAGGAGUAUGAGGCCCUGGCGGUGCAGGCGGGAUUCACCGGCUGUGAAGUCAAGUGUUGCGCUUACAACAACUGGGUAGUGGAGUUCCCCAAAACGGCGGGUCAUUAAGUCUUUCGAGGUCUAUUCCUAAUUUUAGGAUGUGUGUUUUGCAAAAAACUCAAUAAUAAAGGAAAAUGUUUUCUCGAAAAGCAUUUUCCAUGAAUAAGAUUUGUUUUCCUUUGUUUGGUAAUGUAUAAUUGAAACGUUUCCUGUUGUUUGGAUCCCAUUAGAAAAUAAUUUCACACUUUACAAAAAAAAAUCAAAUUUGUUAUUGUUAUUGUUAUUUGUUUC